AUGGUAUCUGGGAAUGAUAUUCAGCGCGGAGUUACAUUUUCUGCCAAUGCCUAUGCUAUGGACACGGUUAUGCUCUGUACUCUUGAACGGGUUUCUGAAAGCGUGGGACGGCACAAGACGAGCUCUGAGAACCAAUUGAAAGACCAUAGGAUGCAAGCAAGGAUGCAGCAGUGA